UCCGGGCAGAGCCGGUCCGGGUGCGGCGGGCAGCGGCUGCAGGGCCCGGCCCGGGCCCCCCCCCGGCAGGAGCCUCCGCCAUGGGCAGCUGCGUGGGGCGGCCGCGCGGGGAGCGCCCGCCGGCCCCGGGCCACCCCCGCAAGCGAGCAGGUCACAAUGAGCCCCUGCGGAAGGAGCGGCCCAAAUGGAAGAGCGACUACCCCAUGACGGACGGGCAGCUGCGCAGCAAGCGGGACGAGUUCUGGGACACGGCACCUGCCUUCGAGGGCCGCAAGGAGAUCUGGGAUGCCCUGAAGGCGGCUGCCUACGCUGUGGAGGCCAACGACCACGGGCUGGCCCAGGCCAUCCUGGAUGGCGCCAGUAUCACCCUGCCCCACGGGUCCCUGACCGAGUGCUACGACGAGCUGGGGAACCGCUACCAGCUGCCCGUGUACUGCCUGGCGCCGCCUGCCAACCUCAUCCUGGAGCGGGGCGGCGACGAGAGCACGGAGCCCCCGGAGCCGGCGCCCAGCACCCGGCGUGAGUUCCCGCUCAAGGUGCGGCUCUCCACUGGCAAGGACCUGCGGCUGAGCGCCAGCAUGGCCGACACCGUGGGGCAGCUGAAGAAGCAGCUGCAGGCGCAGGAGGGCAUCGAGCCGGGCUGGCAGCGCUGGUUCUUCUCCGGCAAGCUGCUGACGGACCGCACGCGGCUGCACGAAGCCAAGAUCCAGAAGGACUUUGUCAUCCAGGUGAUUGUGAACCAGCCGCUGGUGCCCAGGAACUGAGCCGGGCCGGCUGACGGGCGCAGGGGCUGCUGGGCCCCAGGGAAACCCAGCAGGGCCCUCGGAGCCGGCGAACUGAGUCUCCAGCCCAGAGGCGACAGCCCGCACUCGCCCGCCGGGCACGGCUGGGCACACAGCCCCGGGCAGAGCCGCUCCCGCGGGGCCUCCGCUCGCCUCUGCUCUGCGUCGAUCCUCCCCCCCUUCGUGCCUGCUGCUGCCCCCCUCACUGGCAUCAGCACACGGCCGCCCCCUCAAAGCCCUGUCCCUGGAGGAGGUGUGUACCCAGCAGUCUCGGGAAGGGCUGCCGGGGUGGGCGGGGCUGCGGGGUGGGCGGGGCCUGUCUCACCCCGUCGGCACUUGGACACUUUCAUAAAAUGGUUUUGAGGUUUGAGACCAAAUCUCUUCCUGCAGGAGCCGCGUGCCCAGGGCGCCAGGACCCUGCAGUGCCCAGGGCGCCUGGCACCUCGGGCUGCCCUCCCAAGCCCGGCGCCUGGGGCAGGGCAGCCUGGACACUCGGCCCUGCCGCAUGUCGCCUGGCACCUCCCGUGCAGGCCAGGCGCUGGGCAGGCCGGGCGCUGGGUGGGGCCGGGCAGAGGACAGCUCUCCCGGUGUCUAUGGGUCUGCGUAUUUAUCAAUAAAGCCUUUUUAGCUUCUCCCGGCCCCGCUGCCUCCAGCGCCUGCUUUCACGUCGGCCAGGGCUGGGGCACAGGCACGGGCCGGCCAGGCUGCAUUGACACCUGGGACUGCUCCUUACAGCUGCCCCGUCCGUCCCAGCCCAGCCCUUGGCCCCUGCGGGACAGGGUAACGGCCUCACCCCUGCCCCCCCGCCCCUCAUAGCUCAGAGCCAGCCACCCCACUGCUUCUCCCGUGUCACCAAAGGGGGAAACUGAGGCACAGAGCCAGCGACUCCCCGGUCACUAGAGCAGAACUGAGAAUUGAACCCAGGUGUCCUGGUGCCCAACUGCUGCUGUAACCACUAGGCACCGCAGCCCGUCAUCCCCAGUGUGUGUCCCCCUCUCAAGCCCAACCCAUCCAGCCCUGACCCCCAGCCCA